UUCAGAUCCAGUAUGCUAGUUAACAGUUACCGGGAUAAGAUGAGACCUCACUGGUGCUGGUAGACAACACAUUAUACAAGUCACCCUUGGUAGGAAGUUAACAAAUUUUCCGAGCAGAACGUAAAAGUGUGACAAAGUUAUUUCUGUAGACAAGAUACACUUUUUUGUGGACGCAAAAUACCAAACUACAGUGUGAUUAUCUAUAUAUUGAUGGACUGUAACUUGCCUGAAUAAUGCGAUAUAAAGAGCUGGGAGUUCGAUGUUGGUCACCAUGCAUACAACUUCACCUGCAGUAAUGUCAUUAGAACAGAGUAAAAACUGUGUUGAGGAAGACAACGAUGGAGAUGUUCUUAAACAGGAAACUCAAGAUCUUGCCGGUUUGCUGUCAUCUCCGGAAACUAAGACGCGAGAUAACGGCACACCGUCUGGCAUCAAAUCUGAGCUUAACUCUGCAAACAAUUCCGAUAUCAAAGACGAAGUGAAGGAAGAGAUCUCCAUCAAGAAUGAGCCGGCCAAUCCUGGAAGUGUUGGCAAAAUGCCAAACGGAGAUGCAAAUUCAGAUAUGGAUAAAAAAGUCGGGACACCCGGAGAUGUGAAACCACCGGAUAAAGCCAAACAAGAGCAAAAUGGUAAUCCGAAUACCCCGAAUAUUGGUGACCAGAUGCAGAGUCCAGCUGCCAUGAAUCCGAUGCAUCGUGGGAAUAUGUCCAUGGUUAUGAGUCCGGGAUCUGCUGGUAUGGGUCAACAUAUGGGUCCGCAGAUGCCUCCCGGAGGACCACCUAUGGGUCCUGGACCUGGUCCUGGGCCGGGAAUGCCAGGCAAUCAACCUGGUAUGAUGGGACCUAUGGGGCCCGGUGGGCCAAUGGGCCCUGGUCCUAAUGGACCAAUGGGUCCUGGACCAAAUGGAGGGAUGCCACAGCAACAGGUAGUUAGUGAGGGGCAGUUGAUGCAGCAACAGAGUGAGAUUUUUGUCUUCACCACACAACUGGCGAACGAAGCUGCCCAAGCUGUACAGGGUGGCCAGUAUAAAAAUAUACUGUCCUAUCACAUGGACCAACCUUCAACUAAAUCUUUCCUACAGAAAAAUCCGAAGAUGCGGGGAGGAGCUGGGAUGUAUAACAUGCAAGGUAUGCGUAACAAAAUGGGUAUGAUGAAUAACCCUAUGGGUCCAAUGGGUGGCAUGCCUGGUGGGCCAGGUCCCGGUCCCAUGGGAUACGGGCCGGGCCCAAAUUCAUCGAAUAGUGUUGCGCAAUGGGUACAACAACAGAAUCAAAAUUUACAAGAGCAGGGACUAGGAAUGAACGAUGGUGACCCUCGUAUGAUGAUGGGGCCGAAUAAUCCGAAUUUUUCGCAAAUGAUGAUGGACGAAAGAAUGUUCGAUCCUGAUUUUGGCGGCCCAGGAGGGCAAAUGAAUAAUAUGAACUUAAUGCAAAGUAAAGUUCCGAAUGAAAAUUUGACUCCUGAACAAUUACAAAAAAGAGAGGAGCAGUUAGCUAGUAUUCGUAAACUUCAACAAAUGUUAUUUCCUGAGCAAAGAAAUCAACAAGGUUUUCACCCAGGGCAAGGUCCUGGUGGGCAGGGGAUGAUGCCUGGGGAUAUGGGGGGUGGUAUGAAUAUGUAUCAACAAAGUAUGAUGUCAAAACGUGCAAUGAUGUCGCAACAAAACAUGAUGGGUUCGCCACAUGGGAUGAUGGAAUCUAGGCAGGAAAUGAUGUCACAAGAACAAUUUAUGAUGUCACAGGGUAUGUCACAGUUCGGUCCGGGUCCUCACCCGCAGAACAUGCAAAAUUUGACUCCCGCUCAAAGAGAGUGGAUGAGACUUCAGCAAGAAUAUAUGGCGGAGAAGAGAGCACACCAGCAGCAACAAAGGCCGCCCAUGGGACCCAACGGUCCACAAAUGGGCCCAAACGGUCAACCAAUGGGGCCGGGGCAGCCUCCACCAUCUUAUUACAGUUCGAUUGCUCAAAAACAACGACACGGGUCUGUUGGCAUGGGAUCUCCUACCUCACCGAACAUGAAUGGGCCAAUGGGCUCUCCGUCUGUGGCUGUCUCAGGUCCAGAUCCAAACGAUACACUAUCAUUUCCAGGUCAUCAACGGAAAGGAUCUUUCUCUGGUAUGGACCCGAUGGGCCCAAUGGGGCCUGGUAUGGGUCCAGCACCCGGCAUGGGUCCAGCACCCGGCAUGGGUCCGUCAAUGGAUCCAAUGAUGCAGCAAGGAUCUCCGAUGAAUCAUAACAUGGGCGGUCACAUGCCGCCUUCUCAUGGAAUGAAAAACUCUCAGGUGUCUUUACAAAGGGCAGGUAAUCCAGAACAAUUUGUACCGGAGAUGCCUCCUGGUGGGCAGGUUUCUGGUUCGAACGCAUCGGCUAACAAACCGCCUCCUAGCUAUGCACAGUCUCAGUCGACGAAGAGAAAACGAGAUGACAUGGAGGAACUGUGUAAAAACUUACAACCGACGCCCUCUCCUCAGCACAUUAGUUAUCUUAACCAGUUUGACGGUCAGGAACUGACUAUUACUAAACAAAUAAAUACUGCAUAUCGUGAUACGAACACUAGUGAGUCUCAAUCCAGCCAUUAUACUCAAAAUAAUCAAAUGGUGAACUCUCCGUUACACGCACCUGGAUCUAAUAAAGGCCCAAUGUCAAACUCCAGUCAAACAUCCAGUGGGCCUUUGGCUAGCCCUGGCCCAGUUAAUGUUACACAGGGUACAGGUCAGGGCCCGGGGCAAAGCUCUAUGUCUGGAGCUAAUAUGCGCCUUUCCCAUUAUGAUCCUCAACAACAACCACCUCAAAAUAGUAGUAGUAUCUCAAAUUCACCAACAACACCAACCGGAAAAUCAUCAUUGUCCAACAACAUCACAUCGGCAACAUUAGCGAAUUUAGCAAAAGGUGUAGAAAAUUUAUCCAAUCAAAUGCAACAACAUAUGAUGCAGGGCGGGCCAUUUCAUAGUAUCCAGAUGCAAAGUCAGCAGCAACAGCAGGUUGGCCCGGGAACGCCCCAGCCACAACAGUCUGUUAGCAAUCAACAGCAGACGCAGUCAGUAGUUCCAAACUCAUCACAGACUUCUCAUGGGGGUACACCUAGUGUUAAUAAUACAUACGUGAACACCAAUCUCUCAAUACAACAAGUUAAUAUACAACAAACUGCGGGGCAUGGGGGUGGGGGUAAUAAUUAUGGUAGUACAAGUGGUUCUGCCUCUAUGCAAGUGCAACAAAUGAACAUGGAGCAGACACAAAUGAAUGUGCAACAACAACAACAACAACAAAGUGGUGCCAAUAUGGUUGGAGGAAGUAUGACACAAGCUGGAAGUAUGUCCCAAAGUAACAUUACUCAAACUACAAACAUGACUCCGAGCUCUGGAAUGCCAUCUAGUGGUAAACCUGGUAAUAUGAAUAUGAAAGACAGUAACUAUGGAGGUAUGGCCCCGCCCCCUAGUAUGCACAAUAAUCGGUCACCAUUUGCUCAGUCCCAGAAUCCCCCUCAAGUGCCUACAUCGGGACGGCCAGGCUCCCCAGGGUUUCCCCCUAGCUCAAUGGGAAAUGCCAAUGUACAAAUUCAACAAAAAGCUCCCAAUACAAUUCAAUAUUUACCUGCAAAUCAGGCUAAUAUGCUUCCUGAAAAUAAACCCAUGGGCAAACCAGAUUUAGAUUUUAUGAAUCAAUUCACAAGUCCUGUUGGUAAUAUGGAUGGUAAAGUGCCAACUUCUAAGAUGCAGUAUUUUCCAGGUCCAGGUGGGAGUCCAUAUGGGCCAGGGGGUCCCGGUAAUAUGGGCCCAGGACCCUCCCCAGGUAAAGGCCCGGGCCCCCAAAAAUUUUUGAGGGCAAAAAGGGGGCCUUUUCAAGGAUGGCCCCAAAGAAUGGGUCCAAUGGCGGGAAGCCCCAGAAGGGGACCAAUGGGGUCCGGGGGGGAAAAUCCUGGAAGGGCUGGGAAAAUUGAUUCUAGAAUGGGCCCAGGCCCUGAAAUGGUUAUGGGUGGUGACCCAAGAAUGGGAGGAGGUAGCAUGGGUCCUAUGUCCGAUCCAAGGAUGGGCCCAGGUGCCGGAUCAAUGUUGGGAAUGGGUCCUGGCUCUGGUCCUAUAGGUUCCAUGCGUCCAGGGUCAAGGGGUAGUCCUUUCACUGGGCCUAUUGGCCCAGCAGUACAGCAGUCUAUGAUGAUGCGUAGGGGAAGUCCAGAUUUACCUCCUCUUGGUGGUAAUUUUAGUCCUGAUCCAAUGAAUCCAAAUAUGACCAGUAUGAGGGGUCCUGGUGCACCUGGGUACUCCAGUGCCCAGUUUCAGCAAUUUCAACAACAGUUGUAUUCCCAAAGUCGUCCCCGUCAAAUGUCCCCGAUGGAAAGCAUGAUGGGAAAUCCUGGUGGUCCCGGUUAUGGUCCGAUGGGGCCUGGUAUGGGAGCUGGAAUGAUGCCAAAUAUGCAUGGUACUAUGUGAAACAUUUAAUUGUGUAAAGUACAUGAUAAUUUAAUUCUGUAUGCGAUAAGCAAUUCGGUGCUUAAAAUGGAAGAGUGGGGGAGAACAAAUAGAACACUGCAGACUGCAGGACGAGGGUAGUGAAUCGAAAAAUUCUUCAUGUUUCAAUCGAGAAACUCUUCGUGUUUAAGAGAUUUUGAAGGAAAAUAUUUAUAUAGGAAUUCAAGGCAUUUAAGGGAAUGUAUAAACAAGGUUGUGAAAAAAAGUAUAAAAGAAGGUGAAUAUAGGCGUGUGAUUUUGGGGAAAGAUUAGUUAUACUUAAGUGACAGGAGUGUUGAAAUAAAGAAGAAUUCAGUGAAAUUUAUUCAAGAUGAAAUUGAAUAAGUGAGAGAUAGAAAAACACAAGUGUUGUUGAUUCUACAAUUACAAGACAAGUUAGAAACAUAAGGCGAUAUUUUUUAACGAAAGAGAUUCUAAUUCUCGUGAUGUUUUUAUUAAUGCACACCCCAUAUAAUUUACAUUAAUUUGAUUCUUUUAGAAGACAUUUGAAAAAAAUAAACAAUUUUGUGAGCUCAAAUUUAUUGAAUUGUAUACAUUUCUUUUUUAUGUCAAAAGAGCA